AUGAACAAAGUCGCCAUCCUCACGUCGUCGACGCACGAGCCCGGCGUGAACAUCCGGCAACGGUCCCUGAUUGCCCUCUUUGGACCAACUUUCGACCUUGCCAUCCGCUUCCAGAGACUGGCCGCAAUCGCCUCGUCGCUAUUGUUCGUCUACGGUCAUCUGCUCGCUACAUCAACGCUCUCGUCGACAGUGGUUGCGACAAGACUCUUCGCCACUCAUUCGGCUUAUGUCUCCCGAAAGUCCCUGUCGGCGCUUCGAUUUUCGAUGCGAACGGCGUGGAACUCCAAGAAGAUUCGGCAUAUGAGGAAAAAGGUCUUCAUGGAGUUUGCGACAACGAUACUCGGUCCCGGGGGCAACAUGCUGAUCAUCAUGGUCUUCUGGCCAGGGUGGUUUCUGAUCCUCGGAGCCAUCCUCGCAGUUCGCCUCUUGGCAGGCUGA